CUACGCGGCGGGAAGGUCAGACCCAUAUUCCGCGGCCUGCGCAUCGCCGUGGCCGGCGAUCUCACACGCAACCGAAGCAGCCAGUGGACCGAGGCCAACAUUGCGCGGUGGGUAGCGCUACGGGAGGGCAGGUUUGUGCGUGCCGGGGCUGGGCCUACUCAGGCUGUCAAUGGGGGUGGUGAUGGUGUUACUCACCUUGUUUGUGACAAGGGCGAGUUUGAGAGGCGGAGUGGGAGAGAUAUAGUACGGGAAGCCCUCAAACACCAAAAGACGUGCCACAUAGUCUCGUUGGACUGGCUUGAGGACUCGAUGCUGCAGGCCAAGCGGCUGCCCGAGGAGCCCUACUCGUUCGUCCGCACACUGAAGCAGCAGCGGGAGAAGGAGCGAAGGCGCAUGAUGGUCAUUAAGGGGCUGGAACAGGCUGAGAAGGGGGUCAAUCCGAACUUUUACCAUGUCUAUUUCGACCACACCUUCUUUCGGUAUGAGAUUGUUUUGACGAGGGGUGAUGAGGAGCUGGGAACUCAGGGGGAGCGGUACAUUCUCAUGAUCCACGAGUCCAACGCCAAACCGCAUCUCUACUGGUUCGUCAUCAAGUACUACAAGAAGAAGGGUGACCCGCAGCCCAAAAUCCACCGGCCGAGCGGCUCGCCGGGCCUCUUCAGUCGCGAGUUUGGCCUGUUCGAGGACUUCUUUCACAAGAAGACGGGCAUUCCAUGGGUGCAGCGUCUCAUCAAGGCUGGGACAACGAUCGACAAGGCUUUGUUUCAGUACGCACCGCCGACAGGUGGAAAGCCGGUCGGU